AUGCGUGGCCGCCAACGCGAAGCUUAUUCGAUGUACAAGCGCUUGUCAUCGAGAGACUAUACAAAUACCAUUGACAUGGAAGCAAAAGAGCUUAUGGAUGCGAUAGAUGUGGAAGAAAACUCAGCUCUUUUACAGAAAAGCACAGUUCCAGAACCUUCAAAUCCUUCCUGGAGGCUUUCUUUCCCCCAUGUAGUAGUGGCAACUCUAUCUUCAUUCUUGUUUGGCUACCAUCUCGGGGUAGUUAAUGAACCGCUUGAAAGCAUUUCUAAAGAUCUUGGCUUCAAGGGGAAUACCUUGGCAGAAGGUCUGGUAGUGAGUACAUGUUUGGGAGGUGCGUUUGUUGGAUCAUUAUUCAGUGGAUGGGUAGCUGAUGGAGUUGGACGUCGUAGGGCUUUUCAACUUUGUGCAUUGCCUAUGAUUAUUGGUGCUGUUAUGAGUGCAUCAACAAAAACUCUUGCUGGCAUGCUUUUGGGGAGGUUAUUUGUUGGGACUGGUAUGGGCCUGGGCCCUCCUGUUGCUUCUCUUUAUGUGACAGAGGUUUCUCCUGCUUUUGUGAGGGGUACUUAUGGCAGUCUCAUCCAGAUUGCAACAUGCCUUGGACUAAUGGGGGCUCUUUUUGUUGGAAUCCCUGUCAAAGAAAUUGUUGGCUGGUGGCGUGUUUGUUUCUGGGUAUCUACAAUUCCAGCUGCAAUACUUGCUCUUGCCAUGGUAUUCUGUGCAGAGAGUCCACAUUGGCUACAUAAGCAAGGAAGAACUUAUGAGGCUGAAGCUGAAUUUGAGAGGCUCCUUGGUGGAUCACAUGUCAAAACUGCAAUGGCAGAAUUAGCCAAGUCGGACAGGGGAGAUGACACAGAUGCCGUAAGGCUUUCAGAGUUGCUGUACGGUCGCCAUUUUAGAGUUGUUUUUAUUGGAUCAACCCUAUUUGCUUUACAACAGCUAUCUGGUAUAAAUGCUGUCUUUUACUUCUCCUCAACUGUAUUUAAAAGUGCCGGAGUACCAUCAGGCCUUGCAAAUGCCUUCAUAGGAAUUGCAAAUUUGUCAGGAUCCAUUGUUGCAAUGGUUUUGAUGGAUAAAGUAGGAAGGAAGCUGCUGCUUUUGUGGAGCUUUUUCGGCAUGGCAAUAUCAAUGUCUCUUCAAGUUGCUGCAGCAAGCUUUUAUUCGUCAGGCUCUGGAUCACUGUACCUGUCUGUUGGUGGAAUGCUGAUGUUCGUCUUAACAUUUGCUCUAGGAGCUGGUCCAGUUCCAGGUCUCCUUUUACCAGAAAUAUUCCCCAGCCGCAUCAGGGCAAAAGCAAUGGCUGUCUGUAUGUCAGUGCAUUGGGCAAGAGCUCCUAGUAGUUGUGCAGCUUUAGAAUUCUACUAA